AUGAAAUUAUAUGCAUUAAUAUAUGAACAUGGUGUAUUUCAAAGAAUCUCAGGAUAUGUUAGUUGUUUCAAUUGUUAUUGUACAUUUAUUUAUGGUAAUAAUAGUGGAACAACACGUUUAAGGCAACAUGCAGCGAAAUGUUCUAAAACAACAUGUUCUUCUUCAAUAACGGUUGAAUGCAACGAUUCAUCAUCAUCACGACAAGCAACUUUAGCCCAACACGGAUUCAAAAAAUGUGUUAAAAUAAAUGAAAAAGAUAUAGAUAAUAUUAAAAGAUUAUCUGCACAAUGGAUAUGCCAAGAUAUUCGUCCUUUUUGUACAUUACGAGAUGCUGGACAUAAAUAUGGUGUUGUUGACGUCGAUGAAAUUCUUAGAAGUCGAUUUACAAUUGCACGAACCAUCGCUGAUUUAGCUGAAUCAUACAGACAACAUAUCAAGCAAUUACUUAUUGAGCCAUUGAAAGCACGUGCUGUUACUAUUUGUCCUGACUUCUGGUCAGAUUGUUAUAAAAACAUUUCGUAUUUGGGCUUGCAUAUUGUAUUCGUUGAUGCAAAUCAUAAAAUGUUUUCAAUUGAUUUAUUUUGUCGACCAUUUUAUGGUGAUAAGACAAGUGCUUCAGUUAUUAAAGUUCUUCAAGAACAUUUAAUUGAAUUUGGUAUUGAUAAUUUGGAUUUUGUUAAUAUUGUAUCAGAUCGAGGCUCCAAUUUUGUUGCUGCAUUUCGUGAUUUUAAACGAUUAUUUUGUUUCGGACAUCGUCUUAAUAAUAUUGUAAAAACGCCGUUCUUUGGAAAUACCAUCAAGAAAAAGAAAUCAAUAUCAAUUGCACCAACAACAAUCAAUAACAAUUUUGCAAUUAGUUACACAACAACAAAAAUAGAAAUUGAUAAUUCAUCAGUCGGCAAUGACGUUUUCACAAGUGAACAAUCAUCCGAAGAUGAAGAUGAUUAUAUGUUAACAUCUGUUCCAGCGAAGCACAAGGGUCGAAUAAAUAAUAUUGGUUCAUCGAAUGGUGAUAUUAAAUUAGCACGUAAAAUGUCGAUUAAUGAUAUCCCCAUUGAAGCACGUAGUGUUAUAAUAGCAUUAAAUCAAUGUAAAAAAAUAGUUAAAUAUAUAAAGAAGUGUGGUUUAAACAAAGAUAUUGAAAAUGCUGGUGGUGGAACUGUUCAUCAAUCUAUCAUUAUUCGCUGGAUAUCGACAUUAAAAGAUGCAAUGAGCUCAUACAGAGCAUUAUUAGAUUAUAAUCUUGCCGAUGGUGGUGAACGAUCCAGAGAAGGAUCACCAGUAUUAGAUGAUGAUUUGGUGGAUGAAUUGCAAGGUAUUAAUUUUUUCUGGAAUAGAAUUCGUUGUUUAUUAAACGAAAUGUUUACACUGGAUAUUAGACAUUAUGUUGCAACGGCUCUUCAUCCUAAAUACCGAUCAUUAACUUUAUGUUCGUCAAAAGAGCGUUGUGAAUAUUACGAAUAUAUUCGUAAACAAAUAAAAUUAAUUAAUACUGAAUCAAAUAAACUCAUUCAAGGACAAAUUGAUAAACCAGUACAGAAGAAAUUUAAAAAGGACUUAUUCAGUCGAUUCGAAUCAAAUAAUUUUGCUGAUGGUGAAGAAAGUGAAGAAUCAGAAGAAGAUACUGCAAUUUCAUCUCGUAAUAAGAAAAGUGAUGAACUUGAUCGAUAUCUUAAUUUUGAAAUAGAUCGAUCAAAACUGCAAUCUGAUCCUUUACCAUUUUGGAAGGAACACCAAGACAAAUUCCCCUGUUUAUCUCGAUAUGCACGAUCAAUUCAUUCAAUACCGGCUACAUCAGCUAGUGUUGAGAGACAAUUCUCUGCAGCCGGCUUAAUUAUUAGUGAACGACGAAGCAACUUAAAACCAGAACAGCUCGAUAAUGUUUUAUUAAUUCGAUCAUCAAUUAGACAAGUUCAUAUUUUUGCGCUAAUUUAUAGUUUUACCGCAUCAACAGUUUUCUUUUCCAUGGCAGCUGUAUUUUCUUAUGGUGGUAUUCUUGUAGAACAAAAUGCGAUAUCAUUUAAAAGUAUUACGAUAGUGAUGAAUUGUAUGAUAUUCGGUGCUCAAAGUGUCGGACAUAGUGCAGCGAUGGCACCUGAUUAUGGCAAAGCUGUUUCGGCUGCACAAAAAAUGCUUGCAUUAUUUGCUCGAGAACCGAAAAUAUCCAUUGAUUCACAUGGAUUGAAAUUGAAAAACUUUACAGGUGAUAUUCACCUCAGAGCAGUGAAUUUUGCUUAUGCCACACGACCACGUGUACCAAUAUUGAAUAAUUUUAAUCUUGAUAUCAAGAGUGGUACGAGUGGUAAUGGUAAAAGUACUCUGUUACAUCUUCUUGAACAUUUUUAUGAUGUUCAAAGUGGAUCAGUGCAUAUCGAUUCGAAAGAUCUUCGUGGUGUUAAUUUGAAUUGGUGGCGUUCUCAAGUUGGCAUGGUCACACAAGAACCGGUACUAUUCAAUGUAUCGAUUGCAGAAAAUCUUGCUUAUGGUGAUUUAUCACGGCAUGUAACAAUGGACGAGAUUAUCGAAGCAGCUAAAAAUGUCAAUAUUCAUGAUGUUAUUCAACAAUUACCGCAGGGCUAUGAUACAUGUGUUGGCUCUAAAGGUGAUCAAUUAUCAGGUGGUCAAAAGCAACGUAUAGCAAUCGGUCGAGUUUUAAUUCGAAAUCCAAAAUUGAUCUUACUUGACGAAGCGACAUCGGCACUCGAUUGUGAAAAUGAAAAGGCAAGGAAUAUUUAUUUUCGAAUUCAUCAAAAUAUUUUUUGGAUUGAUAUAGAUUGUCAAUGA